CCACGCUCCCCCCUCCUUCUCCCACUUUCCUUUUUCUUUUCCUUCUCUUUGCUGAGGCCAGGACCCUCGCUCGCGAGCACGACUGGACCCACGGAUUUCCACCCACACUCAUUUUGAUCCCUCUCUCCGCAAGUCUGGACGACAAACACUCAUUUUUCCUCAGCACAAAUUACCGUCGCGGCACCGCUCCUACUCCUUUUUCCCCAAGCAGCAAUUCCACCAGCAGUACCCCGACUACACACACAGAUCUCAUCCGAUCCGUCUCCGUUCAAAGACUCAAUUGUCCCCUUCCCUUGAACACUCGCGAUUUCCGAGUCUGCAAACCAUGACCCGCAUCGCUGCUCACUUCUCUGCCGCCGUCGCCGUCGUCCUCGUUGCCGUCGCUUCGACGACGGUGGAUGCGCGCCAAAAGGUGCUCCUGUACUCGCGCACGGCGGGCUACCGCCACCCCUCGAUUCCCAACGCCAUUGCUGCGCUCGAGAAAUUGGGCCAGGAACACUCUUUUGACACGGUCCACACGGAGAACCAGGAAAAGUUCGAGAGCCAGGACUGGUUGGACCAGUUUGACGCCGUCGUCUUUGUCUCGGCCAGUGGCGAGGCCCUCAACUCAAAGGGCAUCACCAACUUCCGAAAAUACAUUGAAAACGGCGGCGGCUACUUUGGCAUCCACGAGGCUACUGACUGCCUGAGCAAAACACCCUGGUACGCCCGGCUAGUGGGUGCCCUGUUCAACAACCACCCCUUCAUUCAAAAGUUUACCGUCAACGUCGUUGAUCCCACCCACCCUUCUGCCACCGGUCUCCCCGAGGCUUGGGAGGUCUACGACGAGGCCUACAACUUCCUCUCGAACCCCUCGGAGCUCGACAAGACGUACGUCCUGACUGCUGACCAGAGCACGAUCAAGGAAAACGACCAGUCAGUGAGCGACCUGCACCAGUUCGAGGGAAAGGUGCACCCGAUUGCCUGGUACAAGGAGGGCGAUCUCCUCACCGCACCCACCAAGCACAUUGGCGGCGGCGUUGAUAACAUCAAGCACAUUCCCAAGAAGCAGAGGGGCACCGGCGGAGAUGGCCGUGCAUACUACACCGCACUUGGUCACACCAAGGCGUGCUGGACCGACGAUGUCUUCCUCGGCCACAUCCUCGGCGCCAUGCAGUGGGUCCUCGCUUCCCCCAGCAUCAAGUCCAACAACGACACUCUCCCGUCCUCGGCGCCUGGCUCGUCAUUUAUUGGCCUCGGCGCCUCCCCCUCGUCAUCUACGUCUGGCAGCAGCGCCGAGGCAAGCGGCGGCUCUUAUGCUUCCGCUGGCUCCGGUACCGGCUCUGGCUCAGCAGCAAACAGCGUCAACUCGGCCGGCGCACACACUGGCGCCGUCCUGGGCGCUGCUGGCUCAGCCACGACUGUCAGCGUCUCAGUCAUGGCCGCGCUCGUCUGCCUUUCUGCCGUCGCCCUGACCCUCUCGACGUCCGUCUGAACGUUUGCUUUUUCUCUUUCUCUCUCGCUCGCUCCGCCUAUGUAAAGUAUCGCCUCCCAGGUUUGCGCGCGCAGCUUGCCGUAGGUUCUUUUAGUGCUUUCGAUCUCUCUCUCUCUCUCUUUCCCUCUCCCCACACACACUCUGUCUCCUAUGAGCGGGCCGGUCUCGCUUCACUCUCAUCCCCUCUUGGGUUUUGCAUAACUCUGUAAAAGGGGCGUCGAUGAACCUCUUUCUCUCUUGUAGUCGCUUUCGCUGAAAAAGAAAUCCGCAAUGGUAUUCAUCAUCAUG